CGACCAAUGGGAAGCUUCAAAUUUGACUGCCAUAUUAAGCGUUCGGAAACAAAUACAAAGCCACUAAAAUGAUGAGAAAAACUAUUUAACUUUGGAUUAUGUCUAUCAUUAUGUUAUAGGUCACUGAGCAUGUAUGGCAUGGGCACCAUAAGGAAAAACAUCUUUUUGGUUGUGGGAAUCCUGGUGGUGUUGGUUCUCCUUGACCAGCUCUACCUUCAUGUCUGGUUGUCGACCCCCCACACUGAAUUCCAGAGGUCUCUCCAUGUGGACGAUGUGCGGCAGUUGUUGCGUGCGGGAGAGGAUGCCGCACUGACGACUAUUUUGUUCGACCCGUUCAUUCUACACGCUUGGAACUCAAAUCAGCAUGUGUCUGCCACAGGAGUGUGUAUUUUCCUGUGCCAUGUCAUUGGGCCGUUGACCUUUGCCGUCACUCAUGGGCAGCUUAGAGACAAGCCGACCUUCCUCACCCGGCUGGCCCAGUUGGGGUUCACAGUCACACUCUUUGAGAACCCUGAAGGGGAGCAUGCGCAUGUGUUUUUGGUGCGAAAAGGAUCCCCACUACACCUUGUCGUCCUUCACACCAAGUCAGCUGGUUACCUGCGACAGUAUGCCCUGAAUGGACCUCCUCACAAUAUGGCCCAAGUAAAACAAUACAUAACCAAAGACACUUGGGAAAAUAUGAAGGUUGAUCGGGCAUAUGAACGCUUCAGUACAAAGGAUGCAAGAAUAGAUGAAGUUGAUUUAACAAUUCCAAGUGAUAUUGAAGCAUUUGUCCGCGACCACAAAACAUCCCAUUUCAUCCCUUGUAAUGAAUCAAGAGCAACAUUCUACAACUUAAAGCACAUGAAGGAAGAAACACCUUCUGAAGUGAGAUUUAAACAUAAAGCUUGGAAAUUGCUGGCCAAGGCUAAGACACUGAUGGAUCAGUUGAAGAUUCCUUUCUGGCUCAGCAGUGGCACAUGCCUUGGAUUUUAUCGGCAGUGUGACAUCAUACCUUGGGCGAUGGAUGUUGACAUUGGCGUGUUCAUUGAGGACUAUAACCCAAGACUCGUUGAAGAAUUUCAGAGGAGAGGAUUGAGAUUAACGCACAAGUUUGGCAAAGUGUCUGACAGCUUUGAACUCUCUUUCAAAGAAGAAGACAUUAAAUUGGACAUAUUUUUCUUCUAUACUGAGGGAGCCACCAUGUGGAAUGGAGGAACACAGGCCAAAACAGGGAAGAAAUUCAAAUAUGUCUUCCCAGCUUUUACUCUAUGCUGGACAGAAUUCUUAGAUCUAAAAGUGCGCAUUCCAUGCCAGACGGAAGAAUACAUCCGAGCAAAUUAUGGGCCAUCUUGGUUUACUCCUAUCAAGCAUUGGGACUGGAAGAGCAGCCCCCCCAAUGUCAGAGAAAAUGGGAUGUGGCCUGAAUCCAUGUGGUCUGAGGUUAUUGUGGUUAAUGAAGGUUGAAGAUGUUAGGGUGCUGUCAGUAUUUAAUGUGGUUUGAUUAGAACCAUGUAUGAAAGGAACACAUAGUUUAUUUUCAAUUAAGAUCUCAAAUUCAGAUAACAUAACAUGCAUGAUUUGAAUCUGAAAUUUGUAGAGUUUGUUCAUUGUUACAAAUAGUUGUAUACCAUAUUUUAAUUUAAGUUAGGCAGAGGUUGUUUAUCCAAAAAUCUAAGAAAAGGCAAUUGUUGGUAGAUUUUUCUUUUCUUUCUUCAUAUUCAGGUUGUAAAAAAAUGGGGUUGAUUUUGUUUUAGCAGGUAAUUUCAUGAUACUGCAUUUUUACUUGAUGUGAAGAACAGGCAAAGUGGCUAAAGAUAUUUAUUGUUAUAAUAUGGUAAAUUAAUUUGUUUGUGCAUGUAGGGUAUCUUGAUAUUGCAUUUUUUAUUUUUACUUGUUUUAUUUACUUAUUUAUUUCUAUUAGGGAGUACAUUUGUUUAAAAACAAGUUCAAUUUAAUACAAAUGUUAAUUAAUUCUAUUUUCAAUGGAGCCAGAUCAGUGUUUUAUUUUGAAUUUGUAUGAUUUAAGUAAAAUUAGUGGUGCUUUGAACAGACUUGGCCAAAAUAUUUACUAGGUUGUAUACAUAUGAAGCCAAUAUAACAAUUUGCCUCAUUUAGGUCAUAUCUAUGAAGGUGGUUAUGAAUGAUAUUGAUACUAGUAAUGAAGAUUAUAGUACAAUAACAGGAAGAUUCUUCUUUUGUACAGGAAAUCAUGGCAAAUAAAUAGCAAUAAUAGUGAUGUGAAUAGAUAAUGACAAAAGUAUGGUAAUGAGAUUAGAACACAGAUCUCAAGUAAAAUGUUUACAUUGGUGAUGAAUAAAUUUUAUUAU